UAUGUGCGUGAUGACAGUGAUCUCUGGAUCAAACGCUGUGGUUCCUCCAGUCGCACUGACUGAGCUCAGGCUGCUCUCACGGGUUCUCCUCUGUCUGGAUACCUCAGCCCGUCUCCUUCUUCUUUUUACAUUUCCUUCUCUGGAUUAUAUUCGUCUGAUGGUUUUCAACUACACCUCGAUGCAUAGAAAUGGGUAAACUGCACUCCAAACAUGCCGCUAUUUGUAAACCGAGGGAGAGUCCCGAAGGCGACAGUUUCGUAGUGAACGCGUGUUUGGCGCGGAAGGGACUGGACGACUGGCUCGUGAAGCAGAAGUACUACUGCACGAGCUCUCGCCUCGAGCGGCGGGACUGUCACCACAGGGGAAGCUGCGGCUUGACUGCACGGGGCUCCAUGGUUGAAGCAUGUGCUGAGGGGAUCAGUGAUGAACAUUACCGCUUAGAAGUGGCUUUACCCCCGGAGAAGACAGACAGCUGCUGUGUGGAGGAGAAGAUGCAGGAGAGGGACAGCCAAACUCCCGCAGGGCCACAGAAACAGCUCCAGUUUGAAGAGUUGGAGUGCGCCGUGUCUGUGGAGGAGGAUAAUAGGCAGGAGUGGACUUUCACGCUCUACGACUUUGACAACAACGGCAAAGUCACUAGAGAGGAUAUCACUAGCCUGCUGCACACCAUCUACGAGGUUGUGGAUGCCUCCGUCAACCAUUCUCCCAGCAGCAGCAAGACACUGAGGGUCAAGCUCUCUGUGGCUCCCGAUUCCAGUCAGCGGUGGAGGAGCUGUACGCAGGGUGCAGCAGAGUUGUCCCACCCCAGAGAGAAAAAUGACAAGUGUAUAGAAGACCCCAAGAGUGCAGACAAGAAGAGUCGAGCACUCCUAAGGCGCCACCACAGUGACCACCACACCCAGCCAGGCUGCCAGCGCCACUGUGUGGAUGAGAACCUGGAACGCAGGAACCACUACUUGGACCUGGCAGGCAUAGAAAACUACACGUCCCGCUUUGGAGCCGCUCCAGUCCCAGAGCCGACAAAGGCAGAGCCCCAGACCCGCUCAUCCAACCAGACUCGCUCUCGCUCCCACGAACCGGAAAAUGGCCACUCCCAUUCCCACCACCGCCGCUUGCAGACUGUUGUGGACACUGUCGCCCCGGACAACCUCCACCCUCCCCGGCCGCGUGGCCAAGACUCAGGCAAACAUGCCCUCCGUUCUCCCAAGUCCCACAGCCGCACACCUCCUGCACAGACCAGUGGCAGGGUGAUGAGAAGUCGAGGUGUUCCUCCUCCCCCUGCCCUGCCCAGCCAGACCCCUCCUCACCAGUCUGCAGCGCCAUACCGCAAGCACAAGCAGCGGUCCAAGGAGAGCCAGGGCUACCGUGCCUUAGGCCCUCUGGCGGCUCCGGGACCAAUGGUGGAGAAGGAGCAGGUGAGAAACCUGCCCAGCGUGCUGCUAUACGAGGGGGGGCUUGCGCAAGUGGUGCAGCGGCAUGAGCACCAUCACCACCAUGAACACCAUCACCACUACCACCACUUUUAUCAGUCCUGAAUUUCCACUCUGUCUGGGACAGCUCAGCAGCCCCACAAACCGCAGCCAGACCUGCAGACACUGACUUGCAGUGGCCUUCCUCCUCAAACACUGUGCAGUCCAGUGGCACUGUAGUCAACAUGGGACAAGGGGACAAGAGGGGGGGUCACAGGAGGGGUGAUCCUGUGCGAGGCGUGAUUAACCAGUGUUAGAAAGAGGUUGGUCGGACAAACAGCAGGACUGAGGAUCACAGCUGGGGAUGGAGAGAAGGACAGGAGGGACAGAUGUGAUAAACAGCUCAGAAGCUCCUCUCCCCUCUGACCUGGUGUCCCCGUACCUGAUCAAAUCUACGGCUCCAAACCAGCACCACAACCCUUCCAGACCACUAAGCCCAAAGGUUUCUAAGGAACAGGAGGGACAACAGAAAGAAAGACUGGCAAAAAGAGGAGAAUACAUGAAGGAAUAUAGGUGGUAGGAGAGCAGGGCAUAGCAAGAGUGAGUGUGUGUGUGUGUGUGGAACAUUGUUUGAAUGUGUGGGCGUAGCAAAAGUGUGUAUGUGUCUGUGUGUGAGUGUCACGACACUGGUGUCUGUUGAAAACCACUUGAGAAGUGCGCUCAUGGGUGCGUGAGUAUUUAAAGCUGGCUGUCAGGCAGGUUUUUGAAGAAGAAGAUUCUGAUCUGAGCACGCAAUACCCCGUCAGCAAGUUUAAUGGGAAGGAAGUAAAAAAAAAAAAAGAAGAUCCCAAAUCCGCUGCUACCUCUAAUUUUAUCCUAAUUGUUGUUAUAAUCGUGACUUUGACUAAGCAUUCAGAGGUUAUUUUCAAAUUACUUGGAAACAUUUUUUGAAAGAAGAGGAAUUGUGUCACAAUCUGUUGUACUGAAGUGUCGAGAAGCUCCUUACUUUUAUGAACUAAUAUUUACUGUACAUAAGGUAUAUAUUGUUAUCAAUUUUAGAAGCUUUAUUGAUAAUGUGAUAUCUUUGUAUUCACUAUCUGAUGCUCUUGUUUGCUUUCCUACUCAGCCGUAUUUUAUAAGACCACUAGGAGCCCCUGUUUGACAAGAAUGUGUAUCUGUCAGUCGCACACUCGCUCUCUCUGCUUUGACUUUCUAUGCCAUCGGAUGAGAUACGUAACCGUGACCAAGUAAUUAUGGCUAGAUGAGUGAAAUCUCAACUCUCAACAGUGCUGUUCAGAAUUGUUCAGUAGUGUUUAUGGUACAUGAUGUACUUUUGAACAUAUAUCAAAGCAUAAUAAUGGAGUUUAGGUUAUGUGAGCUUAGCUGUAACUGAAGGGCCUUUGUGUAGACGUUGAUAUCUGCAUUAAAGCUAGAAAUAACAUCAGCCUUAAACCAUUGAAAUGCAUAAACUAUAAAGCUUUUGUUAAGUUCCUGGAAAUAAAAGGUCAAUUUAUUUUUGGAUAGUCAGCAGUUAAAUCCCAUAUCUUCAGUCCCAUCAUACACUUAAAUACAGAAUAAGAGAAUGUCAGUAUCUGUGAGAUCAGAGUAAACCAGUUAUUUCUCAGGCCUUUUAGCCUAUUUUGCAUAAGAUGAAACCUUGUCACACCCAGCCCAUCAGAUGUCUGUAUACAUUUAUCAGGAUGGAGUUUGACCUUUUUUUGAACAGUUAUUUAUGUCACGAAAUGCUGAGCGUGCAUUUCAGUUUUCACGAGUGGCCAGCUUUAGAUCCAGAUUCACAUUCACACCCGGGAGUUGUCACGUGCCACGCUAUUCUUUUUGGACCAUGUGACUUUAAGGCCAGCACUUUCUCCAGCAGCUCUGUUGUCUGGCCCCUGGCUCCGAGGUCACAUGGCUCCUCCUUCUGUUUCCAGCUGUCAGCAGGUCUUUCUUCUUUCAGCUGUCUCAUUCCUCUGGUGCUGUAUGACACCGGGCCCGGCCUGCAGUCUCCACAAGACCCAUAACUCACCGCUGCUACUCUCCUGCCAACAGGGACUGUCUGCUCGUCCUGUCCCAUGAUGCUCUGUGGGCGCUGCAGUAACUGUGCAGAGGUCGAUGGCACCAGCAUGAAAAAAGUGUUUUUACCUGCGUCACAUCUGGUCUGACCGAGGCAGCAGUGAAGUUUUCUCCAGGACUGUUUUCCCACUGAUAAUGUUCAGCACUUUCCUGUUCCUUCUUUUCUAGUGCAGCAUGUUUCUCGACCUUUGGAGCAAUGAGAGUUUAAGUGCCUCGCUCCAAGGUAGCCACAUACAUACAGAGGGGAGAACACAUUCUCAAUAGCGGGCUUCAUUCCCAAACAAUCCAAGAGACUGUAAUAGUCUGUCAUAGACAUGUGUGUUUUUGUGAUGAGCAAGAAUGCAUUGUAUGCCAGUCUUGUCCUCCACACUGAGAUGUCCUCUCACAGCUGCAGGCUGUCCUUUAGCGGGAGGCACCAGUUAGACGGUUCAGCUCAUGGGACCCAGUGGUUAAAACGGCGUCAUUCCCCAAAGGAAGAUCACAGCUGCGCCCCAUACCUCAGCUCCUUAACCUCACACUGCUUUUCCUGGAGUCCUCACCACUGGACCCCUCAUAACACUGUAACUCCUUUGUCGAUUCUUUCACCUCUUCUGAAAUAAGUGUUGAUACUAAUGUAUGGCUCUAAAUAUAAGCAGUGUGGAAUAAGCCGACUGUUUUUCCAGCAUGGAGGUCUGAUUCAAUGUGGUGAGCAAAGGCUAAUAAAGGGAUUUGGCAAAAUUCAGUCAGAUCAGGUCAGGUUGAAUUUUUUUAAAUUUCUUUCACCCAGAGUUUAAAUACAGACACAUUGCUCUUUUUUGAUAAUUCCCUGCCUCAUAUGCAUAGAGUAACCUGAAGUCACACUAGAACCUAACAACUCUCUAGAAACUACAACUGUACUUUCAUACCUUUGGCCACAAAGCACCGUCACUGGAACAACAAGGGAUGUUUUUGCUUUUCUCAAGAGCAUCUCAGCAGCAUUUAUGGAGGUUUGGGAAAACCGUAACCUCCCACUGCCACUGUCCCUCUUCUGUCUCAUCACAUUAUGGAAAUGUCUCUAUAUUUUAAGUGGAAAAAAGAUCAUGUGCAGGUGUUUUUGUCAUUUUGCGAGCAGCCAAGUUGUCAGCCACCCUGUUCACACCUACCAGAAUCUGAUUAGUUUUAUUUUGUUUGCCAGAUUAUGAUGCGAGAGCAGGUGUAACUUUUAUCUUUCAAAUUAUGAAUGUCUCCAUUCGGAACGGUCAAAGUCAAAUCAUGUCACACAAUCUUCUGUCCUGUUGUAUAGGAUAUCCAGAGCCACAUUUCCAUGUUACUACAGUAUUUAAUGCUCCACUAAUAUCAAUGUGUGUCAACAUUUCUUUUUAAAUCUGAUGUAUAUAGUGGACCACAGAGGUUAAACCAGCAUCAUGUAGAAAGAAACUGAGAUGACUGUCAAGCUAUCUCACUUGCCUACUGUCAGCUAGUAUUCCUUAAGCAGUAUCCACCACACCAAUCUGACUCAGCAGGGAGGAAUGAAUCUCCACCACAAGCUGUUUGUGUCCACACACAGAUGCUUGGUAUUUGUUGUAAAGGAAAAUUGUUUAGCACUAGCUAUUCUUUCCCUUUCCCUCCUCCCUCCUAAUAUUUUUUUUCAUGACUUUGUUUAGUUGAGAUAGAUUGUAUUUGAUUAAUUGCUCUAUUUAUUUGAUAGCAGACCUGUGCCAAGGGAAAUACCCUUUUAUUAAAGUAUGAACCUGUUCCUUAUAAACUGACUGACUUAUCGAGUCAUUUUAUUUCAGUUUUCACCAGUAGUAUGUGUAUUGGUGUGCAGAUUUGCACAGUGCAUGUGUAUUUAUAAUAAACAUUAUUUUGAAAUA